AUGUCCUCAAUCUUUCCAACUUGGUUCAAUGAAGCAAUGCUACUCCAUCGAAAAGGUUACAAUACUGAACCAUUCAAUGGUGAUAUAACAGCUGAAAGAUUGAAAUGUCUGCUUGGUAUUCAGUAUUAUUCGAAUUUAUUCUCUUCAUCUGCUCUGAAUCUUUCGUCGUCGGGCACAAGUGAUAAAUCGGACAAGAAUGAAGAAGAAAACGAUGAUGAAGACGAGAGCGAAGUCAAUAGUUACAAAUGCAAUGAUUGUGACAAAUGUUUCUCAACGUCACAUGGUUUGGAAGUUCAUGUUCGACGGAGUCAUUCGUCUGAUUUAAAACCGUAUUCAUGUGAUCUAUGUCCGAAGAUGUUCGGACAUUCACUAUCCCUUGCUCAACAUCGAACAACUCAUACCCAAGAACGAUGUUUUCAAUGUAAAACAUGCGGGAAAUGUUUUAAACGUUCUUCAACACUAUCAACACACUUACUCAUUCAUUCAGAUACUCGCCCAUAUUCAUGUAUGCAUUGUGGCAAACGUUUUCAUCAAAAAUCUGACAUGAAAAAACAUACAUAUAUUCAUACGGGUAAAUAA